AUGGCCCCUGCAGAUGCAGUUGCCGACUCGGACAUGCUCCAAACAAGCAACCCUACUCCGAAGAAAGAUGCACAUACACCCAUUUUCGGCCUACUUGUUGCUAUCGACGAGUACCACAGCAACGACAUCCGAAACCUCAGAGGCUGCGUCAACGAUGCCAAUGAUUUCGCCGACUUCCUCACGGUCACGCUUGGCGUCCCUAGUGCACAGAUCGUUCAGCUCAGUAAUGAACAGGCAACACGUCGAGCCAUCCUCGACACGUUCGAGAGCCAUCUCAUCAAUAAUUCUAAUAUCAAGGAAGGCGAUGCGAUAGUGUUCUUCUUUGCUGGCCAUGGUUCCCAGGUCCAGGCACCUGAAGGCUGGAUUUCUCCCAAUAACAAGAUCGAGACGAUUUUACCAUGCGAUGUCCUCACAGUGGACAGCGGCGGGAAGCACAUCGACGGCAUCCCUGAUCAAACAUUCGGAGGGUUGAUACAACAGUUGGCAGAUAAAAAGGGGAACAACAUCCUCGCAAUUAUUGAUUCCUGUCACUCGGGGGGUGUGGCGCGAAGCGACGACUCGGACGGUGCAUCGCGCGCUGUCGAUCCUGAAGUCUUUUCCCCUUAUCCCAUGCCAGCAACCCUUGAUCAAGACGUCUGGUCCUGGAGACCGGGCACGAACCGUGAUGCGGAAAUGGUUGUGUACAGGGGUCUCAAGCAUGGAGUGAUGGAAUCGCACGUCCUCUUGGCGGCCUGUCGGGACAACGAGAAGGCGCGCGAGAACGCUGUCGCUGACCGCGCAGGCACCCGGCGUCCCCGCGGGCUUUUCACGCUGCACUUGCUCGAGACAUUGCGGGAGGGAUAUGCGCGGAAGGAACUGUUGCGCCAGCUCACCUACGCGCGUCUCAUAGACCGCCUGUCGGGCCCGGGACUAAAGGAGCAGCAUCCUGUGUGCGAGGGGUCGCACAAACAUCGCCAGUUGUUCAGCCAGAGCGAGCUCAGGGGCGAGGCGACUUCAUUCCGCAUUCGUCGCGACUCCGACAACGUCUUACACAUCUGCGCGGGUCGUAUUCACGGAGUGGGGACUGGCACGAGUUUCACCGUGCUGAGACCCGGUGUCCCCGACUACAAUGAUACCACGGUUCUCAUUGCGAACAAGGUCAACGCCCUUAAUUGUACGGUGCUCAAUACCUCCGACCUCAUCGACGUGGACCGUGACAACCUUGAUGAUUUCAGGGCUGAGGUCGACCUCUGGAACUCACAGCCGAUGAAGGUUUGCACUGAGGAGACCCUCCUUUCGACACACAGUCAAUUCAAAUAUGUCAAGGUGACUACCAAAAAAGACUGCGACGUCUCGCUAGAUAAGUGCGAAGGUGGUUGGGCCUUGGACCGGUUCGACCCGUUGACGCUCCAGUACGCACAAUCACAGAUAGUCCUGUCCGGAGUUGGCACCCCGGACGACAUCCUCGGGGCCGUGGCGCGUUGGAACUUCCACCUUUAUCGUUUCAACGAGCCGACGUCCGACUCCGCUGAUGACCUCCGAACCCUCCGACCCGAAGUACAGCUGCGUACCCUCAAGGUUGAUUCAGGUAGUAACGCGCUGUAUCCAUCUCUCAUACCGGAUGGGGAAGUCUUCUUUGCCCACGCAAAGGAGGAGGAGGCCCAGCCCAACCCUACUUCAACAUACGGAGUCCCUGAGGCGGUGAAGACGGCGCGGAUCGAUGUCCGUGAUCUGUCAAAAUAUUAUGGUCUGACAUUGCUCAACUCCUCCGACUUUGACCUGUGGCCUUACGUCUUUUACUUUGAUCCCUCACAGUGUGCCACGCAGUGCUGGUACAGACCACCCAGCAAAGAAGGACAUCCUCCGCUACCUAAGAAGAGCAAUGAUCAGCCUGGCCAGCUCACUAUCGGCUACGGUGGUUCCGGGACUGAGCCCUUCGGAUUCUCGCUUCCUGAAGGUGCUCGUGAGGAUACAGGGUUCCUGAAGAUAUUCGUCUCGACUUCAUAUGUCGACAUGGGUGGUGUAGAGCAACAUGCUUUGGGUACACGAGGGGCAUGCAUCAAGCCUCGCCCAAUCAACGAUGGUUGGUAUUCUUCGGUGUAUGUUCUGACAAUCUUCAGGGCUACGUAG